UGUGUGUUCGUGUGUGUGUGUUUCCAGAUGGCCGUGGACAGUGGUAAGACAAAGAUGAUCCCAGGUGACAUAACCCCACCACUUGAGAGACUGGCUGAAUCAAUCAAAACAUCAUGCGUACUUUUAAAAUCCGGUUCUCCUUCAAUUUUCAAGUUACCCCUGGAGGAGGAAGAUAUUGGGAUAGAUGGAUGCAAGAGCUACACAUUUGGGCAAAACAGUCAGAGGAGUAGGCCUAAUCGUACUGUCAUGUUUCUGGGGGCAACAGGUUCAGGGAAGUCAACUCUGAUCAAUGGAAUGAUCAACUACAUCCUGGGCAUAGAUUGGAAAGACUCUUUCCGCUUCAAACUAAUAGAUGAGGGCCAGUUGAAGUCACAAGCAGAAAGUCAGACAUCCCACGUUACCACCUACAAAGUCAACCACCAAGAUGGCUUCCGAGUUCCUUAUUCCCUAACCAUCAUUGACACUCCGGGUUUCGGGAACACAAGUGGGAGAGAGAGAGACAGGGCGAUCAUAGAGCAGAUCAGGAGACUUAACACCUCGGCAAAGGAAGACCGUGAGAUAAAUGCAGUUUGUUUUGUCACCCAGGCUUCUCUAGCAAGACUAUCGGCUGCACAGGAGUGCGUGUUUGAUUCGGUGCUGUCCCUCUUUGGAAAAGAUGUGGCAGAGAAGAUUUGCAUACUGGUCACAUUUGCAGACACUCAGAAGCCUCCUGUUCUCAAGGCGAUCACCGCUUCCAAAGUUCCAUGUCCUAAAACCAACGGACUUCCAGUACACCACAAAUUCAACAACUCUGCACUGUUUGCUGACAAUAGAUCUGUCGGUGAUCCUGGUGAAGACCCUGAAAAAGAUAUGGAGGUCAAAUUUAAUUCAGUGUUUUGGGCAAUGGGGGCCAAAAGCAUGGAAGGAUUCUUUACUGCCUUGGACAAAAUGACCACCCGAAGCAAGAAAAGGCUGCUGGAGGAGGCGGUAGAAGGAAUCCAGCCCCAGGUACAGCCCCAGGUAGAGAUCCGAUCAACCCAACAACAGAUGGGAAAACACAACGCCGACAUCACUUCCAAAGCAAAAUCUUCCAAUAGAUGUUCUAUUUCUUGAGAAAUGUUCUAUUUCUUAGGAAGGAUUAAAAAAAAGAUUCCAGUGGGGAUGGGCAACACCGUCUUUUUGUUUUGACACGACACACAACAUGAUAUUUAAAAGCCGUGAAAUUGUUUGAAUAAAACGGCAAUUAUAAAGCACACGUCUUAUUUUAUAGUUUAUAGUAACGUUGGCAAUCGCCUGUGUGUGCUUCACCUAUCCUUGUUUCUGCUGUAACUCCUUAUGUUCAUGUUUGAGGUUAGUUCGUUUUUGUUUUUUUUGUCACUAGUGUUGCCACAACUUUGUACCGACUUGACGUAUGUAACAAUUUCCUUAUCUUUUUCAAUCCACCCAUCCCUAAUUUCCACAGUAGGUGUUUGGAACAAUUAGUCAACGUCACAGUUAAUGGCAUCCUUCUUUGUCUGCUACAUGAACUAAUUUAAAGCUUUGUCUAU